AUUCAGAAUUGAGCAGCACCUCCAUUCAAACCCAUCCAAACUCAAGGCAUGAACGUUUGUUCUUCGCUGCACUGCUGCUGCUGCUGAACACCUGCCUGCACAACAAACUCUGGACCAUCGUGAUUUUUAUUAUACCCCAAUUUACCUCCAAAAACGAGGCGGACUGAAUAAUUCUGGCCCUAAACACACACACAAGUGGUUUCCCUUACUGCAAACAUGGCGAGUGCCUCCUACCACAUCUCUAAUCUUUUGGAGAAAAUGACAUCCAGCGACAAGGAUUUCCGAUUCAUGGCUACCAAUGACUUGAUGUCUGAGCUGCAGAAGGACUCCAUAAAGCUGGACGAUGAUAGUGAACGGAAGGUUGUCAAGAUGAUCCUAAAGCUCUUGGAGGACAAGAAUGGAGAAGUUCAGAAUCUGGCUGUAAAAUGUUUGGGCCCACUUGUCAGCAAAGUGAAGGAGUACCAGGUUGAAACCAUUGUUGAUACGUUGUGCACGAACAUGUUAUCAGAUAAGGAGCAGCUUCGAGAUAUUUCCAGCAUUGGCCUCAAGACUGUGAUCGGAGAGCUUCCGCCAGCAUCCAGUGGCUCUGCUCUUGCUGCUAGCGUUUGCAAAAAGAUUACAGGCCGCCUCACAAGUGCCAUUGCCAAGCAGGAGGAUGUGUCAGUUCAACUGGAAGCAUUGGACAUCAUGGCAGACAUGCUGUGCAGACAAGGAGGUCUCUUAGUGAAUUUCCACCCUUCCAUUCUGAGCUGUCUGCUGCCUCAAUUGACGAGUCCUCGCCUGGCUGUGCGGAAGAGGACCAUCAUCGCCCUGGGACAUCUGGUCAUGAGCUGCGGAAACCUGGUCUUUGUGGACCUCAUCGAGCACUUACUGUCCGAGCUUUCUCGCAAUGAAUCCAUGUCAACCACACGCACUUACAUCCAGUGCAUCGCUGCCAUCAGCAGACAGGCUGGCCACAGAAUCGGUGAGUACUUGGAGAAGAUCAUCCCAUUGGUAGUGAAGUUCUGCAAUGUUGAUGAUGAUGAAUUGAGGGAAUACUGCAUCCAAGCUUUUGAGUCUUUCGUAAGGAGGUGUCCGAAGGAAGUCUACCCACACGUCCCAACAGUCAUUAGCAUAUGUCUGAAGUAUCUGACCUACGACCCCAACUACAACUAUGAUGAUGAAGAUGAAGAUGAAAACGCGAUGGAUGCCGAUGGUGUAGACGAAGAUUACCAAGGCAGUGAUGAUGAGUACAGUGACGAUGAUGACAUGAGUUGGAAAGUGAGGCGGGCGGCAGCAAAAUGCUUGGACGCCGUGGUGAGCACACGGCACGAGAUGUUACCCGAGUUCUACCGCACGGUUUCACCAGCGCUCAUCGCCCGAUUUAAAGAACGGGAAGAGAAUGUAAAAGCAGAUGUAUUCCAUGCCUACUUGUCACUUCUCAAGCAGACGCGCCCGGCCCAGAGCUGGCUCUGUGACCCAGAUGCCAUGGAACAGGGAGAAACUCCUCUCACAAUGCUGCAAAGCCAGGUGUCCAUGAUAGUGAAAGCAUUGCACAAACAGAUGAAGGAGAAAAGUGUUAAGACCAGGCAGUGCUGCUUUAACAUGCUGACAGAACUUGUGAAUGUGCUGCCAGGGGCCCUGACACAGCAUAUUCCAGUUCUCAUCCCAGGAAUAAUAUUUUCUCUCAAUGAUAAGUCAAGCUCCUCUAACCUGAAGAUAGAUGCCCUCUCCUGCUUGUAUGUGGUCCUGUGCAAUCAUCAGCCCCAAGUCUUCCAUCCCCAUGUUCAGGCCAUAGUGCCUCCUGUAGUUGCUUGUGUGGGUGAUCCCUUUUACAAGAUCACCUCUGAAGCCCUACUGGUCACCCAGCAGGUGGUCAAAGUCAUCAGGCCCCUGGAUCAACCAGAUGCUUUUGAUGCUUCACCCUACAUCUCUGACCUCUUUGCGUGCACCAUCAAAAGGCUAAAGGCAGCAGAUAUUGACCAAGAAGUUAAGGAGCGAGCUAUUUCCUGUAUGGGGCAGAUUAUUUGCAAUCUUGGUGAUAGCCUUGGAGCAGACCUACCAGGUACUCUCAACAUCUUCCUGGAGCGUUUAAAGAAUGAGAUAACAAGGUUGACCACUGUCAAAGCUUUGACGCUUAUUGCAGGGUCACCUCUGAAGAUCAACCUUAGGCCCAUCUUGGGUGAAGCUGUUCCCAUUCUGGCCUCCUUUCUGCGUAAGAACCAACGAGCAUUGAAGCUUAGCACGCUUGCUGCCCUGGAUAUUCUGGUCAAGAACUACAGCGAUAGUGUAACACCGGCCAUGAUUGAUGCCGUGCUGGCUGAGCUGCCACCUCUUAUCAACGAAAGUGACAUGCAUGUCUCCCAGAUGGCUAUCAGCUUCUUAACAACACUUGCAAGAGUCCACCCAGACUCACUGUCCAAGAUCAGUGGCUCCAUUCUGGCUGAACUCAUCGCUCUUGUCCGUUCGCCAUUACUACAAGGUGGUGCCCUUAGCGCCAUGCUGGAAUUCUUCCAAGCUCUUGUAGCCACGGGAACUGCCAGCUUGGGCUACAUGGACUUGCUACGUAUGCUAACAGGUCCUGUGUAUGCCCAGAGUGCAACUCUAACCCAUAAGCAGUCCUACUACUCCAUCGCAAAGUGCGUGGCCGCUCUGACGCGCGCCUGCCCUAAAGAAGGCCCUGCAGUGGUGGGGCAGUUCAUACAAGAUGUGAAGAACUCGCGCUCCACUGACUCCAUCCGAUUGCUGGCUCUGCUUUCCCUGGGAGAGGUUGGACAUCACGUUGAUUUGAGUGGCCAGCCAGAGCUGAAGACUGUCAUCCUGGAUGCAUUCUCUUCAGCCAGCGAAGAGGUAAAAUCGGCAGCCUCAUACGCAUUGGGCAGCAUCAGUGUGGGAAACCUCCCGGAGUACCUGCCCUUUGUCCUGCAAGAGAUCUCUGGCCAGCCCAAGCGGCAGUACCUGCUGUUGCACUCUCUCAAGGAAAUCAUUAGUUCUGCCUCUGUGGCAGGUCUCAAACCGUAUGUGGAAAGCGUGUGGGCAUUGCUGCUCAAACACUGUGAGUGUACAGAAGAAGGCACAAGGAAUGUUGUAGCGGAAUGUCUGGGCAAAUUAACGCUCAUUGACCCAGAGACUCUUCUGCCCAGACUAAAGAGCUAUCUGUUAUCAGGAUCAUCUUACGCCAGAAGCUCUGUAGUUACAGCAGUUAAAUUCACGAUUUCUGAUCACCCACAGACAAUUGACCCCCUUCUUAAAAACUGCAUAGGUGAUUUCUUGAAAACAUUGGAAGAUCCAGACCUCAAUGUACGAAGAGUUGCUUUAGUUACCUUCAACUCUGCAGCACAUAACAAACCCUCCCUUAUCCGAGACCUAUUGGAUACAGUUCUUCCUCAUUUGUACAAUGAGACCAAAGUUCGCAAGGAACUAAUCAGAGAGGUUGAGAUGGGUCCGUUCAAACAUACAGUGGAUGAUGGGCUGGACAUUCGGAAGGCUGCGUUUGAGUGCAUGUACACUCUAUUAGACAGCUGCCUUGAUAGACUUGACAUCUUUGAAUUCUUAAACCAUGUUGAAGAUGGACUUAAAGACCAUUACGAUAUCAAGAUGCUGACGUUUCUCAUGCUGGCCAGAUUGUCUUCUCUGUGUCCCAGUGCAGUGCUACAGAGGUUGGACAGACUUGUAGAGCCACUCAGGGCUACAUGCACCACAAAGGUAAAGGCCAACUCUGUAAAACAGGAGUUUGAAAAGCAAGAUGAGCUCAAACGAUCAGCCAUGCGAGCAGUGGUGGCCCUACUAACCAUCCCAGAGGCAGAGAAAAGCCCCCUAAUGAGUGAAUUUCAGUCUCAGAUCAGCUCCAACCCUGAGCUGGCCGCCAUCUUCGACAGCAUCCAGAGGGACUCCUCCAGCGCCAACAUGGAAUCCAUGGACACUAGUUAAAUGAUGACUCCAACGAAAGCGCGCCCGUCACUGUCGCUCCCAAGAAAAUACAGAGAGAUUACCAACCCUGGGGGACCCUUAUAUUGUUCCAUGCAUUGCACUGAAUCCAAAAUAGGAGGAAAACAAAAAUCUAAAAUCAAAAAAAGAAGAAAAAAAACUAAUGAAAAGACAGACAUUCAUUCUCUUAAGCUUUAAAGCUUAUUACCACAUUCUUUGUUUUUCUUUACACGACAAGAAAUCGUUUCAGUUGAUCUCUUUUCUCCAUUCCUCCCUCACCAAACUGACAGCGUAGAAAUGGACCACAGUAUUUGAGUUACCAUGGGAGAUUUAUUCUUUACAUUCUAGGCUGCAGACAACUGAAAUCGGGAUCACAGGGGUAGCACUCAAUGAGUUUUAAUCGUUCAGGACCAUUUUUUUUUUCUUAUCAGACAAGUUUUAUUAGGUUUUUGUAUGAUUCUAAUGUCAUCUCUCUCUCCUCUUGUUACUGUUGAUGUCUCGAGUACAGAGCAAGAUCUUAGAAAUAUUAUCCUGAUGAGGUGUGGCAUAGUUAGAGUAUUACAUUGAAUGAAUGACCAAUGUUUUUUCAUCAUUGCAUUUCAUUACAUUCCCACUGUCCGAAAAAGUCAGUUGUCUGCAUGUGUCAUGCAUCCAUAGAAAUGAGAAUUCAACUGCCCACAAUUUGCAUACUAUUUUUCUUUUUCUACUUAAUGACAGUUUUGUUUGGCUCGGUCAUAUAGGGAUGAAAUAUGACAUCAAACAUUGUUAUGAGGAAAUAUUUGCCCUGUAUCGAACGCACAUAUGUGAAUAAAACGAGUGGAGAAUCUUC